GCCCCCAAUCGAAUUUAAGUUAACUUCGGCCAGCAAACAUGGACAGCGACCGGCAAAGAAAGCUGAGUGGAGCCAUUGCAACCAGGUGCUUUUUAAUCUGCAAAGUCGAGAACUUACAGGCGAAAUGUUAGUAGAUAACACGUGGUGUUGUAUUAUUCAAAUGUUAACGCACAUACGGACCUCAACAUUGCCCAGCUUGCCGCUUUUGGAUUAUUAAUCUGCUGUCUGGACUGAAUAAAACCUCUGCUUUAUCGGAACAAUACUCCUAGCCGUCUUUAAAUUUGCUCUGAGAGCUCGAUCAUCAGCGAGGAUGUCUGUAAUGUGCGUACGCAAAUACUGUGAACCAUGACAUCGUCAAAGGGUGAAAGUUCAAGCUCUGUGGGUGACUGUGAUUUGGAACCGGCUCUAGAAUUUGAUGACUCUGAAUUCAGAACGCCUGGCUCGCCGCAGGGGACCGACGAACCAUCUCUUGCCACGGAUAAUCUUUCAAUCGGAGAAACAGGAGGUGAUUUGAACAUGCCGGACGAGAUGGCUAGCCGUGAUGAAGAUUAUGAAACAGCAUUACAACCGGAUGAUGAUUUCGACGAUUUAGCGCAAUAUGGAAUCGUCGAGGUAGCUGGUGUUGACCUUUCGGGACGCACUGUCAUAGUUGUAUCUGCCUGUCGUUUACCGCCUUCCGACGUAAUCAGCCAUGCUAAGCUGUUGCGGUACCUCCAGCACACUUUGGAUCAAUUUGUCGAAACAGAUUAUGUCUUAGUCUACUUUCAUCAUGGGCUCAAUUCUAAAAACAAACCGACGCUAUCCUGGCUCUGGACGGCUUUCCGUACGUUUGACCGCAAGUACAAGAAGAACCUUAAAAAUAUGUAUCUUGUACAUCCAACUACGUUCAUCAAGGUGAUUUAUCAGCUAUUCAAGCCGUACAUUUCGACGAAAUUCGGCCGAAAGAUUGUCUACGUAAACCGGCUAUCCGAGCUGAAGACUCAUCUCCGUCACUUUGACCAGAUUCAGAUUCCUGAAGCGGUCGCCGAGCAUGACGCUCAAGUUAAGGAACGAGAGGGCAAGAGUUGGUUCCGUAUACCGACCAGUGCAUCGAUGAGCUCAAUUAGCGGCAGUGCUCGUGGUUACAAAGAAACACAGCAAUUCGGUGUACCCCUAGAAAUUUUAUGCCCACGAAGUCCAAAUGGUAUUCCUCCUGUUCUCAAAACGUGCAUUCAAUACCUCACUUGCGAAACGGCGCUGGAAAGCGAGGGUUUGUUCCGGCGGUCAGCGAAUGGUACGACACUUAAGGCCGUACAAAGCCUGUUCGACGAAGGCAAGAUCGUUGAACUAUCGCAGUUCUCGGAUAGCUAUCAUCUAGCAGCUGCAACUUUAAAAUCGUUUCUGCGGAACCUACCCGAACCUUUGCUCACGUUCUCAAACUAUGGUGAUGUAAUUACAUUCCAGGAGCAAGAAACCAGUAGAAAGGGGCUACGUGCACAGCAGAUUCUUCAACGGCUUCCUCAAGACAAUUUAAAUGUCCUGCUUUUAGUAUUUAACUUUUUGGCAAAGGUCGUACAACAAAGCGACUUCAACAAGAUGUCGCCCUCAAAUUUGGCGAUCGUGUUUGGUCCCUCGCUUCUCUGGUCGGAACGAAGCGCAGCAACUUUGAAUAGUAUUCAGCGCAUCAACCACUUCGUCGAGUUCCUUAUCAAGGUCGGCGUAGCGACCUUAGUAGAAAAUUUUUCUUAAAUACCUCUGCAACAAACAUCAGUGCUAAGUUUUUGACAAUGGUAUCACUUUAACAUCGGCAAUUAUCCAAUUAAUCCAAUAUGAAACCAAUGAAGAGCCAGCUGCUUCAGCGGUAUUACUAACUUUUAAAGUUAUGUUUCUAUUUUUCGCAGGUUGAAUACAAAGAAAUUGAUUACAAUAGGAUGAUUCUGUAUUGAUGAAGUCGUAAUGAAGUCGUGUUUGAUAUAAGCAUAAGCACUACUAAAGUCCAUGUGCUAUUAGCUUUAGCGUAACAGACAAAACCAAGUCGAGGUUUUCAAAAUAAUUACAAAUAAUUCCUGUUGUUUUAGUCAAAUAUAUUAGAAUUAUAAUUAAAAACUAAAUUUUCUAUCCGAACUAUUCUACAUGAAGCAGUACAGCUUGCCGAUCAUAUUUUUAAUUCGUUUUACGUUUGUGGAUGCUAGUUAGUAAUAUUACUGAAUUGGUAUCAGAUUAGAUCCCAAAGCUCAGAUGAACCCAUCAAGAUGUACUUCAAUAAAAGGCCUAUUUAUCCGCAGCAUGUUAGAACAGGACAACGAUGAAUCCAACACGAAACAAUUGCCCAUUAGCUGGUGUGUUAUUAAAGCACUACAUUUAAAGUCGAAUUCUUUUUUUUAUUUGAGAAAUUUUGUAGUACCUAUAAAAAUAAAAGUCUACCACGUCGCCUCGUAAUAUCCUAGUGUCUAAAAUGUUAUUAUAACUGUUCUAAUUAAAUUUCUUAACCUAAAUUCGUUGAAGGCAUACGCUGUCUCAAAAUUAAAUUUGCAUGAGAACAUUCAGGGGCGACCUUUUCACAAUGUCAGCCUAUUCUCGUCGUUGUUCUGUUGGGUUACGGAUGGCCGAAGGGCUGUAAGUCAAACGAAGUAUGUGAGGACAAAUAUUUUCGACAUUUUUUCUGGAACAAAGUGCUUUGUUUCAGCACUCUGUUACACUUGGUAGAGAGUAAGGAUUAACCAAUGCAUAGCGUGUAUAUACGAAAACUAUAUAUUUAUAUUACAAAUUACAUAUGUACGAUGUAUUAACUGUUGUAUUAAGUAUUUAUGUUACUAAUACCAGUAUUAUUACAACUUUUACUAAAAUGUGUUUAAUCGAAUUCUGUGAGAAUUUUGACAGAAUCUACACAUUUAUAUCUAUAAUAAGUAAAACACAGGUAAUUAUAUUCUAUCGGAUGGUUCUAUUUUCCCUGCAUUCGAUGGUGAAAAUAGCCCAGUGGUUACAACUGCCACAAAUAUUGUUGAAUUCAUUUCAUCGAUAAUUUGAGCCAAAGUUUUUAAGCGUUCAGCGUUGAUGAAUUUCAUUACAUUCAGCACUGUACUAAUCGCCGUGUAUAAAGCCUCAUGACAACAGGUUCCGCGAACCGCCUGCUGCGGUGAAUUUUGAAAAUAUAAGCGAACGCGAGUUUUAAGUGGGUAUCGUAAAGAUAUAUUGAAGACAAUAAGUAGAUUAGUAAACACUGAUUUGACAAGAUCCGAUUUUUAUCUACUGCACUGAGUAUAAAGAAGAAUUAUUAUGGAAAGCAAAAGAUCAUGGUGUCCACGUACUUGACUACCAAUAAGAUAUCAUGAACACGCAACGAAAAAAAAAAAACUGUGAAAGAGAAAUUCCUUGUCUAAGCAGAUGUUCUGCUUUCGUACACUUUAUACACAUACUAUAUAUACGAAACAUGACGGCAGCAACAUGUAAAAGCAGAUAAUACUUCUGAAUGUUUAAUAAUUUAUCAUGAAAGUAUAGUUUAUUUAGGCUCAAAACACAGUCAACAAAUCAAUCGAGAUUGGAAACAGAAGCAUUUUUGGUGUAACUCAGAAUAUGUUUAAUUAAUAUAUACGCCUAAGAAUGGUAUGCUUGCGACGCUAUUGAUCUAAGCUUUAAGAUAUCUCUUUCUAUCUCGCUCUAUAAUAGUUCUAAUAUAUAAAUGAAACCUACACCUAGAUAUAAUAUAUAUAUAUAUAUAUAGACCUACAAAUCCAUAUGAAUUAAUAUGAAAUCCGAAGUAGCAGCUAUAGUGUAUGAUAAUGGUUAGUAGGUGGCGGUUGAAACGAAUGUUGCGAAAACAUUCGUUCGCAUUUCGCUGACAAACAAUUAUGACCGCAAUAGGAUUAAUGUCGCAUUAAAUGCAUGGAGGUAAUGGUUCUAUAACAGCUCUACGACGCUUACUGUGCUGUACAAGUUGUAAAUAAAUAUAUCUCUCAAACAUUUUAUAGACAUAAAUGAGAGUAAAGCAACACAGCAUCAAGAAGCAGCCACGCAAAGUCUGUUGGCUGUACUUUGCUGGGAUUCAAGGACGCCGCAAAAAAAUGGCAAACGAUGUCUCAGACUGCAAAAGCCACUAUGGGCCUCUGCAGC